CUGUCUUGAUUUAUGUAAAGAUAAGUCUUCUUCCGUCUGAACCAGUCAAAGAAAGAGGCUCAAUGCUUCCUCAUUUGAUGUCGUUGAACAAAAGGAGAUUCUAGUAGAGAGUCAUAUAGUUGGCAGGGGGGGAAAGUUUACUGCUUUGCUUUUAAGGAGAGAGAAGAUGCAUUUUCCGGGUCAACAAGCAGCAAGUGGAGCCACUCCUGGAACUGGUUACCAAGUCGAGGUUGUUCAAGGAGCCAUUGAGGAUCAGCAGGACGAUGCCAUCGUAUGUCCUAUGAUUGGCCAUGAUCCUCUCUCUUCUCACAUUGGAAAGACUUUGAGCAAUAUAAUUGGAAAACAGCUGAAAGAAAAGUUUACCAAGGAAACAGGAAAGGCGACUCUGCCAGGUGAAACAGUUGUGGUUGACGGCCUACCUGGUCUUAAAUGUAAAGCAGUCAUCUUCCUCAACCUACUCUGCUGGGAUAAUAAAGAACAUGGAUCUGCAGCCCAGGCGCUACGACAGGGAAUCAAACGGAUUCUGGCCAUCUGUAAAAUCAGAGGCUACAGCUCAGUAGCUCUGCCGGUUCUUGGGACUGGCGUUCUCUUACGCUUUCCACACAAAAUUGCUUCCACAAUUCUUCUGGAGGAGAUUGGUGUAUAUGGACAAAACCGGACCGAGAAGACAUCCUUCCGAGUUCGAGUCAUCGUUUACCCGAAGGACAAAGAAUCGAGCCAGGCCUUUAAGUGCACCCAGGGUGUGUUGCUUCAAAACGGAUACAUAAGCCAUGUUGAUUUAGCUGAAGGUUCCUUUUACCAAUGUGUGUCUGUAAUUGAUGACGAGAUCACAGCCAUGAUCGGCAGAGUCAAACUUCAGCUCGUCUGCGGUGACAUCGUAAACGCAGGAACUGAUGUCAUCGUCAACACGACCAACUUUACUAAUCUAUUGACUGGUGUCUCCAAAGCCAUUCUGGAAGCAGCCGGCCCUGCUGUCCAUGCUGAGUUGCUACAAGUGGGCACCCCAGAAGACCUCAUUUGCUCAACAUCAGCUGGGCAGCUUGGAUGCAAACAAAUUAUCCAUGCCAGGUUCAAGGGCAGCACCCAGAGGAUCCGCAGCACUUGCAAAAAAAUCCUGCAGCACUGUGAGAGCAAAGGAUAUGGCUCAGUGGCCUUCCCAGCCAUUAAUACAGGACAGGCCAGGAUGCUCUUUGGUGAAUCUUGCAAAGCAAUGCUGGACGGCAUGGCCGUGGCUAUUAAGGAGAUGAAUCCAGAUUUUGUAUCUCUGAUCCGCAUCGUCAUCCUGGAAAAGCAGGUCUUUCAGGCUUUCAGAUCAGAGCUGGAGAGUCGCUGUCAGCAGGACGACGUUCAGAGCUGGUUCAGCUUUCUAGGCUUCUCUAAACGACCAACAAAGAAAAUACUGGACAUGUAUUUAGGAAGAUCAUCGUCUACAUCACCACAAGACCAAACGGCUGAGCUUCCAGAGGGAGCAAAGUGGGCGAUUGAAGAUGAAAGUGGAGAAUUGCUGGAACUCUGCCUGCUUGACAAGGAAGCAGACGUGAAGAGAGAAUUGUCCUUGGAUAUGUCGACAAAGGAUGGCAAACGCUUCACAGUAAACUUAAAAACCAGAGAAGCAACAGAGUGUUUGACAGGCAAAUCAUACGAAAUGAAAAACGUGGCGACUGAGCCUGACAGUGUGGCUUCUCCUUUGUCGCUGGAGUUACCGCCACAGUGGGAACCUAUGAAUGGGCAGCACUUUAAAAAGGUAGAGUUGGACCCUAAAUCGACUGAGUAUCAGGAUGUGGCCGACAAUUUCCAUAAAACUACUUCCUACAACAUUCACAAGAUCGAGCGAGUGCAGAACGUCUUCCUGUGGCACGCCUUCAGCAUCUGCCGGCGCCGUAUACUUUCCAAGAACGGCGAAGCAGACCUGGGCGAAAAGUUUCUCUACCAUGGUACAUCUGCAAAAUCAUGCGACACCAUCGAAAGAGACCGAUUCGACAGGAGUUACGCAGGACAGCAUGCUGCAGUAUUCGGAAAGGGGGUUUACUUUGCUGUCAACGCAAAAUACUCAGCCACCAAAUACUCCUUAGCAGACGAAUCGGGCCUGAAGCGACUGUACAUGGCUCGUGUUAUUACUGGCCGCUACACUGUUGGUAGUUCCACCAUGAAAGCCCCCCCUCCUCGAGGUACAGACCCUACCGACUGCUUCGACAGCUUGGUAAACUGUCAGGUGCAGCCUGUCAUCUUUGUUAUCUUCCACGACGACCAGGCCUACCCAGAAUACCUCAUCACCUUCAGCUGAGCAACACCAAGGACACGCGGAAACGUUCACACCUUGCAAGUCGUAGUCACUGUUCCCUCACUGGGACAUUCCUCUUCUCAGUGCCUCUGGUUUGAUUUAAAAUCCCACAAUUUGGGCUCCUCCAGCUCUACCUCUCAUUCACUGUUUGUAUCAAACUUUCCACCAACCUGAUCUGGAUGAUUGACUAUUGUAUUGGAGGGAGAAAAAAAAAGACAAUGCUUUGACGAGAAAUUCACACUUUGUCAAUCACAACCAAUCACUUUUUGUUCUUAUGGCCAAAUGUCACUGUGGGUAUGGUGCCAUUUCUAAAACCAGUGGAGUGUGACAUCCAAAAAGUUACAAUAUGUUGUUAUCUGAACAGAUUUGAUCCUUCCUGUGUUUUGACAUCUUGUUCUACCGUUUUGCAGCAAACUGGAGACACGUUUCAACUUGCUUGCUCUGCAGCAGUUCAGUGCAUUACUAACUGUUGAAAGGAAAAGGAGACUCUGCUAAUCCAGAGUCUUUCCAAAGCUCUCUGAGUAUUCAUUGGUUAUUAUGUUACUUUUUAAAAUUAUUUUUUUAUUUCUGUGUCCUGACUAGUUCAUGGAUGAAUUUCGAUUCGCCAGUCAUGAUCCCAACAGUGCUCACUGGAAUAUUCAGAAAUGCACAAAACAUCCAUUCGUGUCCAAUGUAGUUAGUAUAGUUUUUGGUAUUUUUAAGGUUCUAAUUGAUGCAUGCACAAACACAGUAUAUUUCUUUAUACCACUGGUAAAUUUGGGAUUUAUUUAUUUAUUUGUUUAUUUAUUGUACCAUAACUUUACAUAACUUUAUUUCUGGGGAAAAACACCAAACUUGUAAUGCAUUAAAAUGACAAAUUAUGUCAUUAUUUCUUUCUGUAAAAUAAAAUGGAGA